GUUGAAGAGCGCAGCUCAGGUGCCGAGGGGCUGAACGGAGCUGAGCGGAGACUCAGAGCUCACGAACCGCCGCCAAUGCGCCCGUCUUUCUUCUCGUAUUGAAUCCGGUCCGUGUGUCGUGAGCUCACCUGCGCUCGGGGUUCACCCCGCCAAAGCGUUUCCAACAUGCCGGUCCGUACCGAGUGCUGCCCCUGCUCGCCUGCGGCCUGCGGAGCCUCGGCCUCUCUGGUGCCGCCGCCGCCGAUCAACACACAGCAGCCCGGCGUGGCCACCUCCCUUCUGUACAGCGGCUCUCAGUUUCGGGGCCACCAGAAGAGCAAAGGCAACUCAUACGACGUCGAAGUAGUGCUGCAGCAUGUGACCAUGGAGGACUCGUACUUGUGCGGAUACCUCAAGAUCAAAGGUCUAACCGAGGAAUAUCCCACCCUCACCACGUUCUUUGCUGGAGAGAUUAUCAGUCAGAAACGGCCUUUUCUAACCAGGAAAUGGGAUGCAGAUGAGGAUGUUGACCGCAAACACUGGGGGAAAUUUCAGGCAUUUUAUCAGUAUGCAAAAAGCUUUAAUUCUGACGACUUUGACUAUGAAGAACUCAAGAACAGCGACUUUGUCUUCAUGCGAUGGAAGGAGCAGUUCUUGGUCCCAGACCACACAAUCAAAGACAUCAGUGGUGCUUCCUUUGCUGGCUUCUACUACAUCUGCUUCCAGAAGUCCACAGCCACCAUCGAGGGCUUCUACUACCACAGAAGCUCUGAAUGGUACCAGUCCCUAAAUCUUACCCAUGUUCCUGAACACAGUGCACCCAUCUAUGAGUUCCGGUGACACUAGAGCCCUCUCUUGGCUGAAAGAGGGUGAAACUACGGCAGACGGGGGAAAAGUAUUGGUGUCGAGGGAAUGACAAACUGUCUAAUCAUGCCAAGGACUCAGCCAUUUUCUCUCUUUACUAAGAGGAUGACAAAGAUGGACACAUGGAUGAAUGGAUGGAUGAAUGGAUGGAGAACUCAUGAAAUGAGCAAGUCUUCACAAGCAACAAGUGGAUCAGUGUGUUGGAUUUGGGGAUUUGCAACAGUGUUUUUUUUGUUUUUGUUUUUUUCCUCCUUCAUUACUUUCAUUUUGUUUCCAAGUUUUUAAAGCUUCUGUCCUCCUGCCAUCUUAGACAUCAUUUUUACUUUUUAGCCUGUGUUUUGGGAUUAAAGUUACUCUUAUUUUUCUUCUUGAUGGAGAAGCUAAUCAUUGAAGCGUUUUAUUUUGAUUUCUUGGCCGUGUCAUUGGAAAAUUGGGGUGGACAAAUUCAGGUCAGCUCAUGCAGGUAACUGAAAAUUUCUUUUAAUUUAUUGUGUUACUAUUUUUUUUAAUAAGUCUAUAUAAAAAGCAGCAGGGCCUCUUUGAGGGAGAGAGACUAUAAUGGAGUUCAAGGUUAAAGGCAGUAUGAGCUGCAGCGCAGCACUGUAUGUGUGGGGUCUAUGGAGACAACCCUUAAGUGACAUGGCCAAUAGAGUCAAUGUUCCCAGUUUAAGAAUUGAUAGUUACAUUAGAUCAUCCAGCAUCCCCUCCUAGUUUUAAAAAUCACUGCUUGUAUUUAAAGUUCCAAACAAAGUAGCUGGGUCCCUUUUGUUUGUUAGUGUGAUUGCAUACAUAUAAUAUAUAUUUUGUAAUGAAAUUGAAUCAGAUGUCUUGGAAAGAGGUAUUUUAUAUCCCACAGUGGUAAAGUUGUAGGCUGCUUUGGGUUUUUAGUUUUUUUUUUUUUUUUCUCCUUUUUGGUAGGGGGUGUUCAGCUUUUGAGAAAAGCAAAAUUGACAAUACUUGUAAUGCUCCGUUUUGCUAUGCAAUGUUAAAGAAAAUCUCAGCUUGUAAGCAUUCAGUGCAUCUUAGGCCAUCACACAUUGUUUGAAAAUGUUCUCAACAGUAGUAAUUUUCACUUAACUAAUCACAACCAGAAGAGUAUUGGUUGGUAUGCACUUUGGCAUUCAUUGGCAUAUCAGUUUUGGAUUGGAUGGGCUGGACCGUGUUUAUAUUUUUAACAGGUCUUGGAAACAUCCUGGAUUGUCUUUUUCUUCGCCCCUUUUCUACGUUUGGAGUUAAAGCUGAAAAGGAUUGGCAGGCGAACAAAACAAAGCAAAAUGUCCUCUUGAAUGUCCAUCAUGAGUGGCCAUACUGGAUUCUGAUCGGAUGGCAGUGAGAUACCUGCAGCAGUUCGUUCCUAUAGCACAGAGGGAAUUUGCCGGGAAAGACAAAUGUAAUAUAACUUGCUGUCUAUGAGCUGAACUGUUCACUUCUUUGAACCCAAGUAACGCACAAAAAAAGAAAAGGAAAAAAAGACUAAAAGAUUUAAGAAAAUCCGUCUGACUCACUUUCCUAAAGAAGCUCUUUUGAGGUGAUGAACAAACAUUUGUGAAGUGAUUGGAACUGAUGUACCUGUUGCAGAGGGGAAAAAAACACCCACACAGAUCAAUCCUCCUAAGCUUUAGUCAAACCAUUUGCCUUAAACGUCAAAUGUUUGUAUAUAAUACAUUUUUAUAAGUGUUGGAGUGGUUCCGUAUGGACAGGACGACUGUUUCGGAUGGGGAAAUGUAUGCAAGUUUGCGGGUAUUAAAGAUGAUGUCUGGUAGAGGGAGUGGGACAUGCAAAGCCUCAGUAGCCAAAACUUCUUCCAGGCUUUUAGCAGCACAUCAGUGGAUGCGUAAUAUGUCCCAUAGCUCAAAAGCUGUUCCACUUGUAAUUGGCCCUCUUGGUUUGGGGUUGCAUUGCGUUGUGUAAUAAGGUGGUGUGGCAAGUGCUGUGGGGGUCAAGUCUGUUCAGCUUGCGCAUUGUAAAACGCUGCAGCACAGUAAUACAUAGCGAAAUCUUAUACCUGCAGUUGGGGAUUACUCACUAGUCUCUAAGGUUUGCUAGACAAGAAUGAAGAUUAGUCUUGGGCUCAAUUGCAAAGUGUUUAGUUCUAGCUCUGAUCUAACACACCUACUCAAAAGAGGACAGGGAACAUACAUUAGAGGUAGGUGUGCUAAGAUUAGGUUGGAGCUAUACUUUUAUAAAAGGGUAGGUCUCCUGGAGAAGUAGCCCUGGUCUGAGACCAAAGCUGGGCCUAAAUGCCUAAUUCCUUCUUAAACCAGACACUCAAGUUUUGAAGUUUUUAGACUGUUUUAAGAUGUCUAAAGGUAAUCUGGAGGCAAAAUUAACUUCACAUCUCAGCUAGGGCUGGGCAUUAUUGAACGUUUUUCGAUACCUGUAUCAGUACCUUGAUUUCAGUACAAAUUCCUAAACUACCGUUGAUACCCUCUUUUACAUGACUCACUGAAAGGGUAGUGGCUUUAAACAGGAAAUUUUGUUUAAAUUUACUGACUGCUGUUCACAGCAUGCUAAACAAAAACUGCUGUUGUUAAAAACAUGCAGAAUGCAACAGGCCACCAGUGAGCAGUCUAGAUUUUGGAACAAGCAUGCUUAUUGGCUCUUGGAUGCUGAUAAGACCAGCUUCUUGUGUACUGAAAUUUGGUACUGUUUUUCAAUACUCGGUAGUACUGAAGUGAUUUGUUCAGUACCAUGGAAGUAAUGAAUUUCUAUACCCAGCCCUAAUCCCAGCCCACUCAUAUAUCAGACACCAGCGAGUAUAAGUGGUGAUCUAGGAUCUCCUUGCUCCCUUCCCUUGUAAUUACAUUCACUCAGAUAGAAGAAGCAAGAUCAAUGCACUGAGGUGACCCUCUUUUAGUUUUGGAGUAAUUUGAGACGAUGUGACGAAGUGUUUUUUUUUUACUGAAAGCACUGCACAUGUAGAGAGGCUUUCUACGAAGGUUUUAAUUCAGAUCGGUUUGUGAAAUGGUAUCUGAAAGGUGUAUGCACCGUGUAAUAUUGACCCACGAGUGGUGUACAUAAAGUUGUUUUGUGAUGAUGACUGGAUUCCUUAAAAUAUAUGAUGUUCUAAUUGAGACAAAUUUAUAAAGAUGAGAUAUUAAAGACUAUAUAAGGACUCGUCCUUGAAGAUACAAGUAAUGUAAGCUUACGAUAGUCUUCUGUGGUUUUCGUUCCUGACCCAGGGCGUCUGCAUGGAGAAAGGUUUACGUCACGAGGUUUUGUUGUCAUGGACAAAGAUACAAGUCUAACUGAAGUUAAGUGGAUCAGCUUUGUUUCAUUUACAUUGCAAUAAAAAAAACCUUUUCUU